AUGGCCUGGCGCUCUAGCGGAGCGACGAACGAAGCCUUGAUCGGUAAUCUCUCCCAGAAUGGCCUCAUCACUUCCGAGAGAGUGAAGAAUGCCAUGAAAGGCGUCGACAGAGCGCACUACGCUCCCACAUCCCCCUACCAAGACUCCCCCCAAUCCAUCGGCCACCGCGCCACAAUCUCCGCCCCGCACAUGCACGCCUCCGCCGCCGAAUCCCUCCUCCCGUACCUUUUCCCGGGCGCCAAAGUCCUCGACGUGGGGUCCGGCUCCGGGUACCUCACGCACGUGCUCGCGGAGCUCGUGAAACCCGGCGGGAAGGUUGUCGGGGUCGAACAUAUCCAGGCGUUGGUGGAGAUGGGGCAGAGGAAUACGGGGAAGAGUGCAGAGGGGAGGGAGCUGUUGGCUAGUGGGGCUUUGGAGUAUCGGAAGGCGGAUGGAAGGUUGGGGUGGCCGCAGGAGGCGCCUUAUGAUGCUAUUCAUGUUGGGGCUGCUGCGGCGGGGCAUCAGGAGAAAUUGAUUGAGCAGUUGAGGAGUCCGGGGAGGCUGUUCAUCCCUGUGGAAGAGGCGUAUAAUCAACAUAUCUAUGUGGUGGAUAAGGAUGAGCAGGGGAAUGUGACGAAGAAGAAGGAGUAUGGUGUGCAGUAUGUGCCGCUUACGGAUGCGCCGCCUGGGGAUUGA